CACCCAUCAAGCAAUAAAUCAGGAAAAAUAAGUGGAAUAAGAGCAUAAACAACACUUCUAAAAAGAUGUCCUCCCCACCCUCAUAUUGAUGUAAACAAACGAUGGCUCUCUCCACCAGUGAUUUAUCUAAGUUACUCGGAAUUUUAUCGGAGGAAUCUGCUGAUUCAUCAACCUUAGAACAGAUAACUCAGCAGAUUUUUCAAAAUUUUGCCAAAGACGAUUUUUUUAAAUUGGGAAGUGCACUUGUGUUCUUGUUACAACAGCCAGACCUCCUGCCAAGCCCAGCACAACGACUCUCAGCAAUAACAAUCCUUCAUGAGUUGUAUCGUGGUGAACCCCCACCGAAUAAUCCCUUUCUUCCGGUCUUCGUGAAUCUCUUGCACCCUCCUGAUGACAUAGCCAAAGGCACAGGAAAGAAGUUGGAAUACGCUGGCCAUAUACCAAGAGUUACUCAACCGGAGUUAGUUUUUUUGUCUACUCUUAUUACAGAAAGAAACAGUAAAGAGUUACUGAAGAGAACAGCAUCGCAGAUUAUGAACCUCGACGUUUCCAACCAUCCACCAAUCGACACAACAGCCCUCAGACUAAACCUCGCAGAACUACUCUCUGAACGUCCAGACACAGCCAAGAGUGCCAUCCCAGUUAUCUAUUCCCAUCCUCAACCAUCACCCAGCUCAGGAUUGUUAAGCGAAGUAAGCCAAGUGAAGAGAACCUGUGAAGCGUUGCUCUGUGGUCCCAGACAGACUUUAGCCCAGCAGUAUUUCACCCCAGAAAUUAUUAGACUAACACCUCCACUACACAUUGCUGAAGAUGAGCUAGUUUGGAUAACCCCAGUCGACCGUGCUGAACACAAAGUUAUGUAUGAUUCAAGCAUGUGUAUUCUUAGUGGUGGCGAUGCUGAGGCCAAGCGACUAAUGGCCAAGGCCUUCAAGGAAACAUUAUCAUUACCUCAGCAACAACACCUUCUUGCUGAGCUAGAUAAGGACCCUAGGAUGGUUUAUCACACUGGUUUAACUCCUCCCAAGCUGCCUGACCUGGUGGAACACAACCCACUUAUUGCUAUUGAGGUUUUGCUGAAGUUAAUGCAAUCCAGCCAAAUCACUGAGUAUUUCAGUGUUCUCGUCAACAUGGAGAUGUCUCUGCAUUCCAUGGAGGUAGUGAAUAGGUUAACAACAGCUGUGGAGCUGCCGUCAGAAUUUGUACACCUGUACAUCAGCAACUGCAUCAGCACCUGUGAAACUAUCAAGGACCGCUAUAUGCAGAACAGACUGGUCAGACUGGUGUGUGUCUUUCUGCAGUCACUCAUACGCAAUAAAAUUAUAAAUGUCCAGGAAUUAUUCAUCGAAGUUCAAGCUUUUUGCAUUGAGUUUAGCCGAAUCCGCGAAGCGGCCGCUCUCUUUAGGCUGCUCAAGCAGCUAGACUCGGGAGACACGCAGGCAACACAAGAACCAGCAAAGAAGUGAAACCACAGGGUGACUGACUGCCAGUGCUCGAGCAACAUAUCACAUCUCCUGGUGCACGAACCAAGAUGACAGGACGCAUUACCAACUCGUGCAACUCUUUAUCAGGGAUAUAUUCCUUAUGUCACUUGUGAUUCAUUCUUAUAAACAGUUUAGUUAAUCCUAGGAUUAAACAUCUGAGAUAUUAUAAAAGUACAUCAAUCUGACCUCAACAUGUUACACACUUAAUUAUUUAGGGUAAUUAGUGGUUUGUAUGCUAGAGAACAUAUGGUUAAGAAAAUUGAAAUUUUCCAUAUUAUACAGGAUUAUCAUUUUGUCAUCUCUCAUACUGUACAAAAACAUUAUAUUCAUUGUCAUUAUAUUGGAUGCUUUUGCAAGUUUUCAUUUUUAUUCAGUAACACAGUAACACAACUUAUAAAGGCAAUUUUCGGUGGGGUAAUGGUUAACGCUGUUUUUUGUUUUUUAAACGUUGGUGUAAUAAAGCCAAAGAAGUUUUUGUAAUUUUGCUUUAACUUUGUAAUUAAUCAUCAGAUGUCUAUGUCAGUGACUUGUAGCUCAGUGGUAACUCAUUCAGCUUGCAGCUGAAGGGACUCGUGUUCAAUAUUGAAGCGAGAUGUGUCGGCAAGUCUCCUCGCACCUACUUUUCCCUGUUCACCAAGUAGGUAAUAGGUACCUGGGUGUUAGCAGGCUGUUGUGGGUCACAUCCUAAAGAAGAGGACCAGUGGACUCCAGUGAAAAUAUUCCACACUGAUUUUUUGGGGAUUUCAUGAAUUUAAAUGCCUCUGGUAUUAAUAAUCAAAGACUUUAUUCCUUUUAAUGUGGCUAUUUGACUUACAGCAGAAGAGAUGCCUAUACUGUCUGGUACCUAGUUACAGUAUUGAUCAAUAUUAUAGUCCUUACAUCACACUGUGAAGACCCAUAUAUGACUGUCGUACACAGUCUUGUUUCCUCAGAACGGUCGACCUGUACUCCAUGCAAAGCUAGAAGGCUGCCGUUGGUGGAGACAAUUGGCGGAAAGUUGACAAAUGGUGAAAAAGACAGGGUUGCAGAGAGAAACUGUAUUGAGAAGUUUUGCCAGUGAACACACACUAAUAUUGAUUAAAGAAGUCUGUCUGUAGAUGAAGUGUGUUUAUAAAGUUCCUCUCUGCAGUUGUGUUGUUUUCACUGCAGUUGAUUUUAUGUAGCCUUAAGAAUAUGUACUACUGGUCCUCUGACGUUCCUAAUUUCAGUUAUUGUCAGUUUAUUAAUGGAGAAUUUUUCUCAUUUUAAUGUAAUCUAAUGAAAUACUAUCUUCAUGGUAGAGAUGGUUGAAUUAAGUCCCAUUGAAGGGUGCAGUGAUGUUUGUGAAAGGUAGCAAUUGUUCCCUUUCUCAGAUCAAACCUGAUUGUCCUGUUACCCCCAUGUGUCCAUUUUAUCCCUAUCAUUCAUCGUUUUUUUUAUCUAUGAUUCACCUUUUUUUUAUUCCUAUGUGUUCAGCACCUCAACAUCCUCUGAACAUAAGCAACUCCUGACCCCUCAGUUAUGAGCUUAAUCCUGGUGGUAAAUAGUAUGGUGAUACCAACAGGCUGUAGAUAAGGACACUUAUGUACCAGUUGGGACAUUUAUUAACGAAAACGUUUCACCUCGAGCAGCAAAACAUUUAGUAAAUGUUCUGAACUAUAUAUAAGUAUUCUUAUCCCCACAUGAGCUUGGUCCUGUUAUCAGGCAGGGUUAAUGGGCCAUUAGUCUGUGAUAUUUACUGAUCAGGUCAUUCACAAUGGAAACUGCAAACUUGCUGACUCUUUUUAACUACUGAGUUAUUACCUUACAAAAUCAUACAAGAUGGAAUGAAUAAUUUCACACAGCAGAAAACAUUAUUGCUUUUUUUUUUCUCACUGGCCAUCUCUCACCAAGGCAGGGAGACUCGAAAAAGAAGAAAUGAAAGUUUCUUCUCUUUACAUUUAGUAAUUUAUACAGGAGAAGGGGUUACUAGCCCCUUCUUCCUGGCAUUUUAGUAGUCUCUUAUGACACGCAUGGCUUACAGAGGAAGGAUUUAGUAUUGCAGUUAUAUGUUAAAAUGUUUUUAACACAUCAUCUGUUUCUCACCAAGAUACAGUGUUCUGAAAGGAUAACACAUUUACCAUGUAUUGAACCGUAACAUCACCUGUCCUUCAGAGUGCAGGCACUGUAUUUCCCACCUCCAAUUGAUCUUAAACAUGUCUCCAUUAUGUAACUCCAGCCUCCUCUUUGCUGCAACAUUGAAGGAUCAUCUUCUAUUGUAUGAUUCACCUCAUCUUUCAUACACACCCAGCUGCCAACACAUCCACUCCCAGAUAUCUGAGUACCUGUAUAUUAAUUACUUUCAUAAUCCUUCCCUAUACUUUGGCUUUUAGGGGGCUUGAAUAUCCAGCAGGCUUGUGUCAGUAGGUUAGAUAAAAAUGAAGGGAGACAUUGGCAAGGUAACAUUUAUGAAUGGAUUCCGGGAAACUGCCUAGCUGGACCUGAGUUCUGGAGGGGAAAGGGUAGUACCUGCACUCUGAAGGAAAGGUGAGGAUGGUGCAGACACAAAUUGAAUGAAUGAUGAUCAGUCUGCUUUCUUCUUUGGGUCACCCCUGCUUUGGUGGGGAAACAGCCAAUAAGGUAAAAUAAAUAUGCGACUUAACAGUUUACAACAUUUUAUUUAUAAUUAUGCAACGAUGAUCAUAAUUACUGAACUAGUCGUGCAGGACUCAAAAUUCCAUUUAAUUUUGUUAUGACUAUAUUUUAAUGUAUGUAAAAAUAAAAUAUAUGAGAAGUAGCCUGUGAUGUAUAAUCUUGGUGGCUCAUGUAAAAAAGAUGAAAAAAAUGUACAAUUAUCAAGUUAUUGAAUGCUUGAAGUUGCUUCAUGUAAAGAUUCCAAACUUAUGAGUGUUUUGAGUUGUCGCUCCCUUCAGAUGUGGUGCCUUGAUGCUGGUGAAGGUCUCUUGAUUCAGGGAGUUGGAGCUACCUUCCCUUUAGAUCAGAGCUGCUUACCCCUAUUUCCUCCCAGAUCCUCCCAGUCCCCCAGUUUUUACCAGUCCCCAGUCCCCCCAGCCCCAGUCCCCCCAGUCCCAGUCCCCCCAGUCCUCAGUUCUAGUCUUACCCAGUCCCCAGUCCAAGCCUCCAGUCCCUCUCAGUCCACAGUCCUUCCCAGUCCCAGUCCUCCACAGCCCCCAGUCCCAGCCUCUGGUCCCUCUCAGUCCAAGGUCCUUCCCAGUCCCCAGUUCCUCCCAGUCCCCAGUUCCUCCCAGUUCCUCCCAGUCCCCAGUUCCUCCCAGUCCCCAGUUCCUCCCAGUCACCAGGCACUGUAAUCUUUAUGCAUUUAUUGCUUCCCCAUGAAUGUAAUAAAUCUUCUUUUUUGAAUUGCCAAAAAUUUGAUGUAUAAGAAAAAAAAUACAAAAGAUAGUUAUGUUGUACACAAACUUGUUCUGUGGCUCCUCAGUUCACAACUUUGUUUUCUAAAUGACAUUUUUGUGAGUGUGAAUGUGCACAUCUUUUGGAAAUUUGUAAGUGUUGAUGUGUGUUAGUUCAUUUGUAAGUGUGAAUGUGUUAUUUUUAUGCAUUUGUAAGUGUGAAUGUAUUAUUUUUAUGCAUUUGUAAGUGUGGAUGUGUUAUUUUUAUGCAUUUGUAAGUGUGGAUGUGUGUAAGUUCAUUUGUAAAUGUGGAUGUUUGUAGUGUGUAAGUUGGAAAUUUAAUGUGUGUUGGUCUUAUUUUCAACUGAUCUUGUUUUAUUAUAGAUCAGUGUGAGAGUGAAGGUGUUCAUGUGUGUGUGUGUAUAUGUGCAUGUGUGGUAUGUUUUUGUGUAUGUGUAUAUACGUGUGUGUGCGUGCAUUCAUCCUGCCAGCCUCAGUACAUGGCUACUUCUGAUAAUUUGUGUAUUGUGUAUUAGUUAUCCUUGAGGGAGGUGCCUUUGUGCUAUUGAUACAAAAAAUGGGACUUUAUUUCCCCUUCUUGUAUCAAACCUGAUUACCUCCCAUGCCUCAGGCACUGUAUGACCCCCUGUGGGUUUAGUGCUUCCACACAAAUAUUUUAUUUGAUAGUACAGUGGACCCCCGGUUAACGAUAUUUUUUCACUCCAGAAGUAUGUUCAGGUGCCAGUACUGACCGAAUUUGUUCCCAUAAGGAAUAUUGUGAAGUAGAUUAGUCCAUUUCAGACCCCCAAACAUACACGUACAAACGCACUUACAUAAAUACACUUACAUAAUUGGUCGCAUUCGGAGGUGAUCGUUAUGCGGGGGUCCACUGUAUUAUUGUGGGUUAAUAUUUAUUAUUAACAUUAAUGGUGCAUUAGCAGCCUGUAUUAAAAAAAUGCUUAUGACAACAUUUUGAUGGAAUGUAAAUUAAAUGUAGUUUAAAACAUUAUUGACUAUAUUAUAUUUUGUUUAGAGAAAAUGUACCAGUCAGGGUAUUUUAAUGUGACAUUGAGAUACGUCUUGCAUUUGAAUAUACAUUUUAAAUAUGUAUACCUGGGGUAUACCUGGAGUAUACCUGGAGGGUGUUCUUGGGGUCAUGCCCCCACAGCCUGGUCCAGACCAGGCCUCUGUAUAAAUAAAUGAAAAAUAUAACUCUUAUAAUAUUAUAUUUGCCUAUUAUUUGUAGUAUUAACAUAAAUGCUAGUGCUGUUUAUAUUUAACUGCAAUAUAUAUAUAUUACCUCAAAAAUUUAUUGUGCAUUAAAAACACGAACAUGACUUAACAUAUUCUAGCAUACCAUAACAUAUUUAAAUCUUGCUGUCACUGUUAUUCUGUCUUAUUUGUGCCAGAUAUUUAUGUAAUUGAUGAAUUUUGACAAUAAUUCCAUGUUCCUGUCAGAUGGUAAUAAAAAGAAUUACAAUUUG